AAGAGCAGCUGGAGUUUCUCCUCAGCUCGUUUUGACUUUUGUGGACGUGGAUCAUCUGGACUGGGAAGGGAAGCCGCGCGGCGCUGCUCUCCCCUUUCCCACCCCCUCGCCCCUCCAGCAGCCUGGGCUGCCGUCUCUCCCCCGAGCAGGACGGGAACUUUUAUUUGCAGCUCGCAGCCCGUGGCGAAUGGUGGGCAUCUCCGGUCCUCUGCAGUAAAAGAUUGAUCUCUGGGCUGGUGAACAUAAUAUCUGUCCCAGUCAGAAAAGGAAAGAGGAAAUUAGCAGAGCGAUUGGUGGAGAAUGAUAUCUGUCAAAAGAAACACUUGGAGAGCACUGAGUUUAGUGAUAGGUGACUGCCGGAAAAAAGGGAACUUUGAAUUUUGUCAAGAUCGCACUGAGAAGCAUUCCACAAUGCCAGACUCACCUGUGGAUGUGAAGACACAAUCCAGGCUGACGCCUCCAACCAUGCCACCUCCUCCCACUACCCAAGGAGCUCCAAGAACCAGUUCAUUUACGCCCACAACGUUAACCAAUGGCACUAGCCAUUCACCAACAGCGUUAAAUGGAGCUCCAUCUCCUCCUAAUGGCUUUAGCAAUGGGCCAUCCUCUUCCUCUUCCUCUUCUCUGGCUAACCAGCAGUUACCGCCAGCUUGUGGAGCUAGGCAGCUCAGCAAACUGAAGAGAUUUCUUACAACCUUACAGCAGUUUGGCAAUGACAUUUCACCAGAGAUUGGGGAGAGAGUGCGUACCCUUGUGCUAGGACUUGUGAAUUCUACUUUGACAAUUGAAGAAUUUCAUUCCAAACUGCAAGAAGCUACUAACUUCCCACUGCGACCUUUUGUCAUCCCAUUUUUAAAGGCCAAUCUGCCCCUGCUGCAGCGGGAGCUGCUGCACUGUGCAAGGCUAGCCAAGCAGAACCCAGCCCAGUACCUCGCCCAGCACGAACAGCUGCUUCUGGAUGCCAGCACCACCUCACCUGUUGACUCCUCAGAGCUGCUUCUCGAUGUGAACGAAAACGGGAAGAGGCGAACUCCAGACAGAACCAAAGAAAACGGCUUUGACAGAGAGCCUUUGCACUCAGAGCAUCCAAGCAAGCGGCCCUGCACUAUUAGCCCAGGCCAGCGGUACAGUCCAAAUAAUGGCUUAUCUUAUCAGCCCAAUGGUCUGCCUCAUCCCACCCCACCUCCACCUCAGCAUUAUCGUUUGGAUGAUAUGGCCAUUGCCCACCACUACAGGGACUCAUACAGACACCCCAACCACAGGGACCUCAGGGACAGAAACAGACCUAUGGGGUUGCAUGGCACACGUCAAGAAGAAAUGAUUGAUCACAGGCUAACAGACAGAGAAUGGGCAGAAGAGUGGAAACAUCUUGACCAUUUGUUGAACUGUAUAAUGGACAUGGUGGAAAAAACCCGACGAUCUCUCACGGUCCUACGGCGAUGUCAGGAAGCAGACCGCGAGGAGCUGAAUUACUGGAUACGGCGGUACAGUGAUGCGGAGGAUUUAAAAAAAGGCGGAAACAGCAGCAGCAGUCAUUCCAGACAGCAGAGUCCAGUGAAUCCAGAUCCAGUUUCGUUAGAAUCUCAUCGGGAAUUCCUUCACAGGCCUGCGUCUGGAUACGUGCCAGAGGAGAUCUGGAAGAAAGCUGAGGAAGCUGUCAAUGAGGUGAAGCGCCAGGCGAUGGCCGAGCUGCAGAAGGCGGUGUCGGAGGCGGAGCGGAAGGCUCACGACAUGAUCACUUCGGAGAGGGCCAAGAUGGAGCGCACUGUUGCCGAAGCCAAGCGCCAGGCGGCAGAGGACGCCCUGGCUGUCAUCAACCAGCAGGAGGAUUCAAGUGAGAGUUGCUGGAACUGUGGCCGGAAAGCUAGUGAAACCUGCAGUGGUUGCAACACAGCACGAUACUGUGGCUCAUUUUGCCAGCACAAGGACUGGGAGAAGCACCACCACAUCUGUGGACAGACCCUCCAAGCCCAGCAGCAAGGAGAGACACCAGCAGUGAGCUCCUCCGUGACGCCCAGCAGCGGGGCCGGGAGCCCCAUCGACACUCCACCAGCAGCUACUCCGAGGUCCACCACCCCGGGAACCCCUUCCACCAUAGACGCCACUCCUCGCUAGAACUGAGCUCCCAACUCCGAAAACAAAAACACAACAGAAAAUGAAACCAAUUCCUCAUCCUCAGAUGCGCAAAGAUUUUGACUGAACUGUCAUAUUUCAAUACUUCAAUAAAGAAAGAACUUACUGUAUCUUGGGGUGGUAGAAAAUACAGAAGGCCAGUAACGGGUCAUAAUGACUUAUUGUGGAUAACAAAGAUAUCUUUUCUUUAGAAAACUGAAAAGAGAGCAGAGAAUAUACACAAAAUGAUAGAUUUGACCUCCUCCCUGUUAUUUUCCAGUAGCUGGGAUUUUAAACUAGAUGACCUCAUUAACAGAUGCUUUACCAAACAGCAAACCAAGAGAUUGCUAAUUGCUGUUGAAAGCAAAAUGCUAAUAUUAAAGUCACA